AUGUCGAACGCAAUGUAUAACAAGAUGUGGCAUCAGACGCAAGAAGCCCUCAAUUCUUUGCUUGACAAAGAGUCUCAGAAGUUGGGGGAACCACAUAAAGAUCAAGUGUUCGUCUUCGAAAUGUUAGCCACCUUCUACAUAAAGUACGUGCAGAUCUUCAGAAAGCUGGAGAAUGUCUAUGACCAGAUAGUGCAUCCGCAGAAGCGAGUCCUGAUCCGGAAGGUGCUAGACGGGGUGAUGGGCCGCAUUCUGGAGCUGAAGAAUGAGAUGGUUGAGUUGGAGCUCACCGAGUUUCACUAUUUCGAUGACAUUUUGCAGGAUCUAAAGCUGGCACCUCAACAACUAGAUAUCCCCAUUCCCAGAUACUUUUUGAAGGAGAAGCUGGAAGUAAUAAAAGGAAGAGAGAAGAUUCUUGCGCAAAUCCUGGCCGACAGUGGAUUAGACACAACGAGCAUGAAACCAGUCGUGAAGGCCAUCCCUCUGGACAAGGCCAUUAAGAUGAUCCAGAUGGCAGAACGGGCCCGGCAAGGCCGUCUGAGGGCCAUGUUCAUGAAGCAAAUCUACCUGCAAGAAUACAGGGUCAAGCAGGGCAAGCUGCUCGCAGACAGACUCCCAGACGUGGCGGCCGCUGCUCUGUGCAUCCAGAAGGUUUGGAGAGCCUUCCAUCAAAGUAAGAAAACAGAAAGAGAGAGAGAAGAAGAGAUGAUAUUCCUGGGGAUGAAGCCGCCCCCCCAGUUUAAUGAAGUCAGUGCUGCACUCAUCCAGGCCCAGAAGGUGAAUUCGCGGCGGAACGAGGUGCAGAUCAAGCAUGAAGAGGGCUACAAGGAAGCCAUGGUCACCAUCAAGAAUGACCUGAAGCUACUGGAGGGUCCCGACAUCAAGGAGAACCUGCAGGGCCAGAUCCGCCACUGGUUCAUCGAGUGCAGGAACUUAACCGGCGCGUUUCCUGACUACCCGAAGGUGGAAGAGGGAGGCUCGGCUCUUCUUUUUUCUAACAAGACCCCUCAACAGGUUAUUGCCGAUAUUAUUGCAAGCCAAGAAGAGGAGGAAAGAAACAAAAAGAAGAAAAAGGAAAAACAGCCUCCCAAACGAAAGAGAUCUCAGAUAAGCAAAACACUGUUGAAGAAGAACAAAGAAGAAGAGGAGGGGUGGAAAAUGUCCCCGAGCCUUUUCCUUCAGGCAAUGGAGGAAGGAAAUAACUUAUACAAAGAUAUCUGGAAGAACAAAGAUGAAUCUUGGAAUUUCCCCCAGGACUAUGAUCCAGAACUCAUCAAACAGGAGAAACGGAGAGAGUUAGAGUCAGAGAUCAGGGUGCAGGUUGAUGAAUUGAUGAGGCAGGAACUGAAAAAUUUAAAGCUCGCGGUGGACAGAGAAAAGGAGUUACCAGCCAAAGCAGGAAGGAAAAGAGGUAAAAAGAAAAAGAAAGGGAAGAAAGGAAAAAAGGGGAAAGACAAAGACUUGACCGCUAACAGGAGCAUCGAGUCUCUGUACAAGGAGCUCGUGGAGGAAGGACUGCUGGUACAGGCGCUGAAAGUCAGCCUCUCCGACUACAUUGGGGAGUACAGCUACCUGGGGACCACUCUUCGCCAAGUGUCUAUUGAACCCAUGCCUUCCCUGCUGGACGUCAGACAGCUCAUCACACUGUACGGAAUCCUACCCUUAGGGUCUGCAACAGUGCAUGAGAAGGCUCCUAUGGUGAAAUCCCUGCUGCUGGCCGGGCCCUCCGGGGUGGGGAAGAAGAUGCUGGUCCACGCCAUCUGUACCGAGACCGGCGCCAACCUCUUCAACCUGUCCGCAUCCAACAUCGCGGGGAAGUACCCCGGCCGCAGCGGCCUCCAGAUGAUGCUGCAUGUGGUCUUCAAGGUGGCGCGGCAGCUGCAGCCGUCCGUGCUGUGGAUCGGAGACACGGAGAAGACCUUCUACAAAAGAGUGCCCAACAACGAAAAGAAGAUGGAACCUAAACGCCUUAAAAACCAGCUUCCCAAAAUCCUGAAGCUCCUGAAACCGGACGAUCGGAUCCUGAUCGUGGGGACGACGCAGCGGCCUUUUGAUGCAGAACUUCAGUCUUUCUGCAGAGUUUACCAAAAAAUUAUUUUGGUUCCUAGACCGGACUAUGCUUCUAGAUACGUUUUAUGGAAAGAAAUCAUCCAACAAAACGGAGGCAUCUUGACGAAUUCUCUGAAUAUAAGUUCCCUGGCGAAGGUAACCGAUGGCUUCACCCAGGGACACAUCGUCCAGGUGGUCAGAAGUGUGCUUACAGAGCGGAGGGUCCGGCAGCAGACACACAAGCCUCUGAGUGCCGUCGAGUUCAUCACGCCCAUCGCCAGCAUGGACCCUGUGUACCAAGAGGAAGAGGAGAGCUUUAAGAACUGGUAUGCCAAAACCCCUCUGGGUAAAAAACGAGCUUUGGCCCUGACAAGGAGUGAAGGAGGAAAAGAUAAAGGGAAAAAGAAAGAAAGAAGAGAGAAGAGAAAGUAA